AUGCCUGUGCAGGAGAUGGCGGUGAGUCCUGUCAAGUCCCUGUACUGGGAGCAGUUCCCCCCCAUGUCGCAGCGCCGCGUCUACUGCACUCCUGUCUACCAUGAAGGCCUUGUCUACGUGCUGGGGGGCUGCAGCGAGACCGGCAUGCCCCUGGACAGCGUCGAGGUCCUGGAUGUAGAGAGUCAGACGUGGAGCCAGCUGCCGCCGCUGCCCACAGCACGGGCGGGGGCCGCGGCCGUAUUGCUCGGGGGCCAGGUGAUGGUGCUCGGAGGCAUGAAUCAGCAGCAGACCCCACUGGCCUCCGUGGAGGUCUACCACCCCGAUGAGGGCAAAUGGGAGCCGAGGGCCAGCCUGGGCCAGCCAUCGAUGGGCGUCACCACAGUGGAGCAAGAUGGGAAGGUUUAUGCACUGGGGGGUAUGGGAGCUGACACCACACCACAGGCCCUGGUCAGGGUUUAUGAGGCGGAGAAAGAUCAAUGGCAGCUGUUGACCUCCAUACCCACGCCGCGGUACGGAGCCACGGCCUUCGUAAAAGGAAACAAAAUCUACAUGAUGGGUGGUCGUCAGGGAAAGAUGCCGGUGACAGCGCUGGAGGCUUUUGACCUGGAGAUGAAAAGCUGGACCCGUUACCCCUGUAUCCCAAGCCGGAGGGCUUUUUCUUGCUGCGCCACAAACGAGCGAAGCCUCUUCAGCCUGGGAGGCCUCCAGCAGCCGGGGCCACAUAACUUCUACUCCAGACCUCACUUUGUCAGCACCAUGGAGGAGUAUGAUCUGGAUCAAGGUAUCUGGAUCAAACCCAGCCGAACGUCCAGGAUGAGGGAGAAGAGGGCUGACUUUGUGGCAGGAUGCCUGGGAGGACGGGUCAUUGCAGCUGGUGGUCUAGGUAAUGAGCCAUCGCCGCUUGGUACGGUGGAGAGCUACAACCCAGUGAAGCGGCGCUGGGAGUAUGUGGCGCCCAUGCCCACUGCACGCUGUUCCUCUGCACUUCUGCAGACUACCAGCAUGCUCUUUGUCAUUGGCGGAGUCGCCCAGGGACCCAGUAAUGCUGUGGAAGCCCUCUGCUUACAGGAAACAGUGUGA